UGGAUCUAUCCAUAUUUGCUGAGGUGUGCAGUGAGUUGCAUUUACGAAGGCAGAAGCAACUUGGUGGUAUCCCCAAAUGCCACGAACACGAACCACAGCUCCCAGCAUGCUACCAAAGGGGAGAGAACAGAGAAUUAUUGCUUUUUGGUUUCCAAUAUAUAUUGGGUACGAAAGGUUUAGCUGAUAUAUAUGCGUGGGAAAAUUGAGAACACGCAGCCAAAAAUAGUAAAUUAAGAUUUCUCCCGGUCUUUCAUCCUCUUCUUUCUCCAAUGGAAACCUCCACUCCAUGCAUUCCACAUUAGCUGCUAAUGCUAUCCCUAGCUACACCCACAUCAGAUAGCAGCGCUGCUUCAGGGGUUAUCUCGCAACACCCUCCGAACUCAAAUUUUUCAUAAAGAAAUAUGGAAAUAUGUUACCAUGCCCACAUCGAUCGCGAGAUUGAAUCUCUCAUAGAAAGAAUAUAUCCUCCUAGGGUCUGUAUCGAUAAUGAUUCUUGCCGAGACUGCACUGUAGUGAAGGUUAGAUAUACAAUUCUAUAUACAUUCAACUUGCAUGUUUUAAAUCACCAAUAUAACCUAAUGAUUUCUAUAUACUGGGUUUUAUUAAUUAUGAUUCGUGCCCCCAUUCGUCAUUCAUGGCUUCCAGGGAUCGCCAUCCACAUUUAAAUCAGGUUGAUAGUGCAAACAGGAAGGGCAUACUAUUGGAGAUGGUCCAAGUGUUGACAGAUCUUGACCUCAUCAUUUCCAAAUCAUACAUUUCCUCUGAUGGGGGAUGGUUUAUGGACGUGUUCCACGUGACUGAUGAAGCUGGCAAGAAGCUCGCAGACGAAAAGCUCUUGCUCCACAUCCAGCAGGAACUGUGCGCCACGAGAAGUAAAGGGGAGAUUUGUGGGGAUAGAGAAUUGGGUAAUUGGAAAGGAGCAGAGGAACAACAUGCAGCAACAGCAACAGCAACAGCAACGGAGAAGACAGCGUUAGAGAUGAGUGGCAGGGACCGAGCGGGCCUACUGUCAGAGCUGUCAGCAGUCCUAGUGGAGUUGGGCUGCAGCGUAACCUCCGUAACGGCCUGGACCCACAACGACAGAGUGGCCUGCAUUAUAUUCCUGGAAGAAGCAUCCGAAGCAGGGCCCAUAAGCGACCCAAAGCGGUUGGCCCAAGUGGAGGAGCAGCUGCAGAAUGUGGUGGCGGCCCACAGCGGUACGGGCGAGAGAAAAAGCGUGAGGCUGACGACGUUGGGCGCAGGGCGCACCCACACGGAGCGGCGGCUCCACCAGCUCAUGUACGCCAACAGAGAUUACGAGAAUUGCCACGGCGAACACAAGAAGGGGUGCGAUGGGACCCACGUCUAUGUGGGAAGAUGCGAGGACAAAGGUUACUUGGUCGUUAACGUCACCAGCAUGGACCGUCCUAAGCUCUUGUUCGACACCGUUUGCGUGCUAACCGACAUGCACUAUGUCGUCUUUCACGCCGCCAUUAGUUCCAACAGAUCCAUCGCUCAUCAGGAGUACUUCAUAAGGCACAGCAUGGAUAGUUCAGGUCUUCCUAGUGAAAGCGAGAAGCAAAAGCUGACGUUAUGCUUAACCGCUGCAAUUGAGCGCAGAGUCUCGCGUGGAUUAAGGGUGGAUAUUGGGACUGAAAAUCGAAUGGGGCUGUUAUCGAAUGUGACGCGGGUGUUUCGUGAAAAUGGGUUAUCGAUAUCAAGGGUGGAGAUUGGAAGAGAGGGAAAGAAAGCGGUGGGGUCAUUCUUUGUUAGAGAUUGUUCAGGUGAAGAAGAAGUAAACCCAAAUAUCCUGGAAUUGGUUAGACGAGAGACUGGUGGCUCCCUAGUUACUCAUCACAACUCACCACACAGGGUACGUCAAUCAUCAUCAUCCUCAGCAUCGUCGAUUAUACAUGAAAGCAAGGAGAGCAUAGAAGCUAAGCCAAGAUCCUCUCUCGGAAGAAUGCUAUGGUCUCGAUUAGAACGCCUUUCCGCCGGUUUUCGCCCCGUUAGAUCCGGAUGAGAUUCUACCUACCAAACUCAAUACCUCUGUACAUAACAUUUUCUAAAUUAGUUUUUUUUUUUCUUUCCUUUCCUCAUUUCAUUUACUAUUACUUGGGUAACCGGGUAAGAGUGUUCUAACAGGGGUUUUGAUGCUCAUUGUACAUAUUUUUAUCACAUGAAAAUUCCGGGAUUUUACACGA